AUGACACAAGUUAUGACAAAGUGGAGUGAAAGUGCGAUUGCGAGCAACGACGACGGGCAGAAUAGUGUUGACCCCACGGGUGUGAUAAACAAUCAACGGCAACAAAACCAGCCGAUUAUCCCCGUGUCGGCGGACCACUAUCAGCAGCAGUUUAUUCCCGUCUCUGCCGCCCAGCAACAGCAAGCACAGGUCGGUAGCGAUGUGUUCGUGCAAAUUUUGCAAAUGAUGCAGAAGCAGCACCGAGAGAUGAUGACCCAACUGAUUCAACAGCAGCAGCAAAGUGAUGAGAAGCAUGAACGCUUUCUCCGUACGAUCGCAUCGUCAAUCAACGUGCAGGUACCACCGAAUCCGGAACAGAUCCUUGACUCUUCGGCCGGCAACAUCAAGGAAUUCCGGUUCGAGGCCGACUCCAACGUGACGUUUGCGGCUUGGUACUCGAGAUACGACGAUCCCUUCGAGAAGGAUGCUGCUAGAUUGGACGGUGAAGCAAAAGUUCGUCUUCUUUUGCGAAAGCUGGUGGCCAAGCUCAAGAGCCUGUUCGGAGCAAAAGAAUCGGUGAUCAGCCGUCGCUACCGAUGCCUGCAGAUAGCGAAAAAUCCUGCAGAGGACCAUGUGGCAUUCGCUUGCCGCGUAAACAAGGCUUGCGUGGAGUUUGAGCGGGGUAAGCUCUCGGAGGAGCAAUUCAAGUGCUUGGUCUACGUGUGUGGUUUAAAAUCGGAGAACGACGUCGAGAUUCGCACCCGCCUCCUCACGAAAAUAGAAGAGAGAAAUGACGUGACGUUGGAGCAUCUUUCGGAGGAGUGCCAGCGGCUGUACAACCUGAAGCACGACAGCGCCAUGAUCGAAUCUCCGUCCACGUACGACCAAGUACAAGCGAUAAGAAAAUUUGGUGGGAAGCGGUACGAAAAGCGUGACCGUGAGUCACCGAAACAUCCUUCCAGUGACACCGACAGGAAACCAAAUUCGCCAUGUUGGUUUUGCGGUGGAUUCCACUACGUUCGGGACUGUAGAUACAAGAGCCACAAGUGUUCCGAAUGUGGCCAGUUCGGGCAUCGUGAGGGGUACUGUGCCAGUGCCAAACCCCGAAAAACUGGAAGGAGGCGCAGGAAGCAACCAGUGUCCGCCAAGGUGGUGGUAGUCGAUGUGUGCAGUGUGCAGCAACGACGCAGAUAUGUCUCCGUGGGCUUUUCUGGAACAAAAAUUCGCCUGCAACUCGAUACCGCCUCAGACAUCACCGUCAUUAGCAGGGAGAUUUGGCGGAGCAUUGGCAGUCCUGCGUUAUCGUCAGCAACGGUGAAGGCGAAGACGGCAUCUGGCAGCAUACUAUCGCUCGAUGGGGAGUUCGAGUGCGACGUCACCAUCGGAAGCAGUACACGACGUGAGCUCAUCCGUGUAACCGAGAAGCAGCUGCUGUUACUCGGAUCCGAUUUGGUCGACAGUUUCAACCUUUGGGCCGUCCCUAUGGACACCUUCUGCUGCCACGUGUCUGGAACGCCAGUGUCGACAGGUGCACUCAAGUCGUCUUUUCCAGAGGUCUUCAGCGAGAAGCUCGGCAUGUGCACCAGAACAAAAUUGAAGUUGGAGUUGAAAGAAAACGUUCGACCCGUCUUCUGUCCGAAGCGUCCGGUAGCUUACGCUAUGUAUGAUACCGUUGAUCGCGAGCUCGACCGGUUAGAGAAAUUGGACAUCAUCACCCCGGUCGAUUAUUCGGAGUGGGCCGCUCCGAUCGACGUAGUCCGCAAGUCCAAUGGCUCCAUCAGGAUUUGCGGAGACUACUCAACGGGUCUGAAUGCAGCUCUCCAAUCACAGCAGUAUCCACUUCCACUUCCGGAUGACAUCUUCGCCAAGCUGGCUAAGUGUAAGAUCUUCAGCCAGAUAGAUUUGUCCGACGCCUUCUUACAGGUGGAAGUUGACGAGCAGUACCGUAGUUUGCUGACGAUCAAUACGCAUCGUGGUCUCUACCUCUACAACCGCCUGCCGCCGGGUUUGAAGAUCACGCCUGGCGCAUUUCAGCAGCUCAUCGACACAAUGUUAGCCGGACUGAAGGGCACUUCUGGCUACCUCGAUGACGUCAUCGUCGGCGGAGAAACUGAAGAGGAGCACGACCUCAAUCUACGGGGUGUCCUGAAGCGAAUCCAAGAUUUCGGAUUCACGAUUCGUGUUGACAAGUAUUUGUUUCGCAAGCAGCAAAUCCGAUACUUGGGGCACAUCGUCGACAGUCGCGGGUUGCGACCAGAUCCGGCGAAAAUCGAGGCGAUCACCAAGCUGCCGCCUCCAGCCGAUGUGUCCGGUGUGCGAUCGUUUUUGGGGGCCAUCAACUACUACGGCAAGUUCGUCCCCAACAUGCGCAUGCUACGCUACCCGCUCGACAAUCUCCUCAAGGUGGAGACGAAGUUCAGCUGGAGUCCGGAGUGCCAGAAAGCGUUCGACCGGUUCAAGCAGAUUCACUCGUCGGAUCUUCUCCUCACACACUACGAUCCGAAGGGGGAAAUCAUCGUUUCUGCUGACGCUUCAUCCGUUGGACUUGGGGCUACCAUUAGCCAUAGGUUCCCAGAUGGAACCAUCAAGGUGGUCCAACAUGCAUCCAGGGCGCUCACGAAGGCAGAACAGGCCUACAGUCAGCCCGAUCGCGAAGGUCUGGCCAUCAUCUUCGCCGUCACGAAGUUCCACAAAAUGCUCUUCGGACGGCACUUCCGUUUGCAAACCGAUCAUCGCCCGCUGCUUCGUAUCUUCGACUCUAAGAAGGGAAUUCCAGUGUACACUGCGAACCGCCUGCAACGCCUCGCCCUCAACUUGCUGCUCUACGACUUUGAGAUCGAGUACGUGUCCACUGAGAAGUUCGGCAACGCAGACCUGCUCUCCCGGUUGAUCGACCAGCACAUCAAGCCUGAAGAGGACUACGUCAUCGCGAGUCUCAAUCUGGAAGAGGAUAUUAGGUCAGUAGUAACUAAUACGGUUAAAGUGUUGCCUCUCAAUUUCAUAGUCGUUGCGCAAAGCACCCAAGCAGAUCCGCUGCUCCGUCAAGUCCACCGCUACGUUCAGAACGGCUGGCCCCAGUCAACACUCGAUGGGUCAGAACUUCGCCGGUUCCAAUCAAGGCAGGAAUCGCUCUCUGUGGUGGAUGGGUGUAUUUUGUUUGCCGAACGACUCGUCAUUCCGUCGCUGCAUCGGAAACGGUGCCUCGAACAGCUGAACCGUGGCCAUCCGGGCAUGCAGCGAAUGAAAGCCAUCGCUAGGAGCUACGUGUACUGGCCUACGUUGGAUGCUGACAUCGUCAGCUUCGUCAAGGCAUGCCAGCAGUGUGCGUCUGUAGCUCGAUCACCUCCUCACUCUCCACCGGUGUCGUGGCCCAAAUUGACCGCUCCGUGGCAACGCGUCCACGUCGACUUCGCCGGUCCAAUCGAAGGCGACUACUACCUGCUCGCUAUCGAUUCGUUCUCUAAGUGGCCCGAGAUCAUCCGAACGACCCGCAUCACCUCUGCUGCGACCAUCAGCAUCUUGCGUGCGUUGUUCGCGCGGCUGGGUAUGCCCGUAACCUUGGUCAGUGACAACGGUACCCAGUUUACCAGCGCCGAAUUUGCCGAUUUCUGCGCUUCCAAUGGCAUCGAGCACCUCACGACAGCACCGUUUCAUCCACAAUCAAAUGGCCAGGCGGAACGAUUCGUGGAUACCUUCAAGCGAGCCGUCAAGAAAAUCCGAGAGGGGAGAGGAUCCAUUGAAGAAGCACUGGAUGUCUUCUUGCUGACGUACCGAAGCACGCCCAGUCGUGCUCUGCCGGAUCAGAAGUCGCCAUCUGAGAUCAUUGCCAACCGACGAUGA